GGAGAAAGGAUAGUCUGUAGCAAAUUGAAAUAAAGAGCCGGAAAUAAAAGCAUUCAUGGUAAUUACAGUUUCAUGAUAAAUCGUAAUCUCCGAAGUUGCCCUCCUUCUUGGCAAUCCCAGUCUUAAAAAUUUGGAUGAUUAACCACACACACACACACACACACACACACACACACACACAUAUAUAUAAUAGAGAUCCCGUAAUAAGUUCAUAAGAAUAACAGCAAGUGGAACUGGCUGGUUGAGCGUUAAACAAAUAUGAAGUCCCAAUACAUUAAAACAGUUAUCUUUUGGGGAUUAUUCUCGAUUUUGAAACAAGCGGCAUCCGUGCCAAACACCAGAACCUGCCGAGGACAAGAUGUUGAUAUUGUAUUUGUCUUGGAUUCUUCGGCUAGUAUAUGGCCGCCAUAUUUUCAAAAGCAACUGGGAUUCGUGAAAUAUUUGACUGAUAAUUUUGAUAUAGGACUCGGAAAUAAUCAAAUAAGAGUUGGUGUUUUGUCUUUUAGUAGCUGGCCUAGUAUCAAUGUCUACCUAAAGGAAUCGACUGAUCGUGAAAGCAUCCAGAGAAAAAUUGAAGCUAUAAAACAUCAGCGAGGAGAUAUGACCAACACAGAUGCUGCUUUGAAUAUGCUCGCAGACACUAUGUUUAAACCCGAAUAUGGUGGUAGAAAGAAUGCUGAGCAUUUAGCAAUCCUGCUAACCGACGGAGUGUCUUACAAUCCCAAAGCAACACAAGCCGCUGCAAAAAGAUGUCAUGAUGCCAAUAUCAAGAUAAUUGCUAUCGGAAUUGGUGACAAAAUUAACAGUGAAGAACUGAGAGGUAUUGCUAGUGAACCAAAGAGCCGGAAUUUUCUCUUUUCAGCAGAUUUCACUGUCCUGGAUCAUAUAGAAUCUGAUGUUAUUCAAAGAACAUGUCAAGAAGUUAUUACAACAGCAAGCACAACAACUACUUCAUCGCUUGCAAGCACAACAACAGCAAGCACAACGACAGCAAGCACAACACCAAGCACAACAGCAAGCACAACACCAAGCACAACAACAGCAAGCACAACGACAGCAAGCACAACAGCAAGCACAACACCAAGCACAACGACAGCAAGCACAACAGCAAGCACAACACCAAGCACAACGACAGCAAGCACAACAGCAAGCACAACACCAAGCACAACGACAGCAAGCACAACUACUUCAACUACAGCAACCACAAAGAUAUCAUUAUUUACAACUAGUUCUGCUUUGGAAACAACGCGAUCGCAAAUCCAGUCUGAACAAAAAGAGUGUAAAAAUAAAGUUGCUGAUAUUUGGUUCCUUCUUGAUUCUUCGUCGAGUAUCACAGCAAACAAUUUUGGCAAACAGAAGAACAUAAUUGAAAAUAUGGUUGGUAUGCUAGAUAUACAUGCCUCAAAAACCCGUGUGGCUAUAUCGACGUUUAACCAUGAAUAUCAGUCAAUUGUAAUGUUUGGCGACACCAACGACAAGCAAGAAAUCAUUAAAAGAAUUGAGGCAAUUGAGUACGUGGGUGGCGGAACUAAAACUGGUAACGCUUUGGAAAAGGUGAGGACUGAGCUAUUCUCAUCUGGGACAUGGAGACCAAAAGCUGAUCACAUACUUAUCGUAUUUACAGAUGGUAGGUCAAGCGAUUAUAAACAGACCAAAACUGAAGCUGAGCUACUCAAGAAAUUAAAUAUAAAGAUAUUUGCUGUUGGCAUUGGUAAGUCAGUUGAUCAGAUUGAACUAGAAGAUAUUGCUAGUAGACCAUUUAACACUUUCGUACACAACUUCGAAAGCUUUGAUGUUCUCUUGAAUGAAUAUGGAAUUCUUACACGCAUUGCAUGCAACGCAUCAACUGAGUUAUUGCCUGCAGAUGAAGAUGCAUGUCAGAGGACCAUACCAACGGAUGUCAUGUUCAUGGUCGGUAACCAUCAGUUUGGCAGUCACAGGACUCAAAUUAUCUUCGAGGGUAUAAAAGCGGCGAUGAAGAAAGUCAAUACUGGAAAAAAGUUUCAAUUUGGAACAGUAUUUGAAGACUGUCUGCCUAACCAGGAUGUUAGGAUCGGAAUAACUGGAGAAAAAGAAAUCAUUAAGAAAACUACCAACUUCUUACACGGUGAUUUUACAUCUCUUUUCCGCAAACUGAAUUUUAAUAAUUUCUUGCCAAAAAGAAACAUUUUUAUGCGGCAUUUCGGAAUGGUAUUUAUCGACCGUACUGUGAAUUUGAACAGUCCAAAAAUUACACAUGAAAUCCAAAGAAUUUUGAAUGAUGUUAUACUUUUAUUUUAUGUUGUAAUUGGAGAUGGUGUGAAUAUGUCUAAAAUUCCUGGCAUAUCACCUAAGAUGAUUAUCAAAAUACCUUCCUAUGAAGCCUUAGUUACAACUUUUCCAGUAUUGCUUUCAGAUACAAUAUGUAAAUCAGCAGAAAACUCAGGUGGCAGACCAGACAUUUCAUAAUUUCUUUCUUUUAUGUGGAAAUACGAUUUAUGUUUUUUAAAAAAUAAACGUAACUUACUGGAAACAUUCCAAACACUUAUUCAGUGUAAACCUUUAACAAUCAUUCACAAAAUACAGGCCGUCAUAUCCUCGAGGACAAAAUCUACAUAAGUUCACUCAUCAAUUUAUUUAAUAAAAAGAGAUUUUCUUUGUGCCUUAAUUUUUUCAAACAGAAUUGCCAUUAAUGGAAAACCUUCCAUGUUGAGACCAUCAACAACUGAAUGAUUGAUAGUUAUAUUCAGUAUAGAAUUAGAAUAUUUUGCUUUGAUAAAAUUGACUUAUAGUUAUUUAUAACUCAGGAAUAAAACGUUUAUCUUCAGUUUUGAAGUUUUAUUAAGAUAUAAUUAUUUAUCGUUUACAAAUACCAGAAAGUAUAGUAGUCUCAUUGUUUUUGUUUUCUUUAAAACAUUUCUUCAGAUUGUUAUUAUUUGUUAUAUGUAUAAAAGUGUUUUUCACAAAAAUAUUUAAAAUGUGUUUAAUAUAUCAUACGAAUUUACUUUUGUCAUAAUAGAAAAUUCAGUUUAUCUCUUGCAAUAAAUAUUUAUAUGUAACAGUAUUUUUGAAUAUAUGAAAUUAUGUUUACUUAUCUAAAUUAUAUUUUUCUUCUAAUCUUUCCAGCAUCAGAUUUUAAUUGAAUUCGGUAUUUACUUGUUUGGGCGCAAUGCUGUAUGUUUGUGAAUGUGUCUCUAUGUAUAUGUAGUGUGUUGAGACUAACGUCACACAAGCACUAUAGCUUAUGAAAGAGUAAUAAAGUAUCAGAACGUAAUAUACAUAUAUACUUUACUGGAAAGCAAGUAUGUUAGGAAUAAAGAAGUUAAUCGUAAAUAUCAACUGUUAGCUCAUGCAAUCUAAUAUAUAUCUAUGAUAUUCAGAUAUAAGACUCGACUAAUUAAGUACCAUAUGAUAAUUAGUGCUGCACUUUAGUAAAAAUUGAUAGAUAAUGCUGCAGUUUAGUAAGAAUUGAUAUAUAAUCAUUGUAAAUGCAAUAUCUAAACUAUUUGUAAAGUUGUUUCAACAUUUCAUGGUCUCUAUAUUGACUUGUUAAUGGCUGCUUUUUCGUCUGUUUUCUUAGCAAAAGUUUAUAAAAUGUUAAAAGAUUAUCUACUAAAUCACGUACUCGAAAAAUUUCAGUCAAUCAAAAUUUUCUAUUUUGUCGGAGAAAGAAAACAAAAACCUAGGAGGGAGAUAAAUUUAAGGAAUUAGAAAUUUAUUUAACAAAAUUUAUUUAGAACCUUAGGGAAAAGUUGACAUUUGUGGGCAAAGUAACAAUUACGACCAUGUUGCGAUCCUUUUACACUUCAUCAUCAUUUCAUAUCACAGUCUACUUAAAAUUGCUUUGAAAAUUUGUCGAAGGUUAUUUUUUGUGUUAAGCAUAGAAACAGAGUUACGAAUAAGACUUAAUGUUGUCAGUGUUUUGCUUGAAAUAUUGUUAGUAUUUUUGUUUUGUCUUGCAAAGAUACAUAAAAAGCUUAUGUUGAUAUAAAAUUGUUUUCGUUUGUUUUAAUAAGAAAAUUAUGAAGUUGCAUAUUGUUGACGGUAUGCCACACAAUAAAAUUUGAAGUUAGUGAA